AAUCGGAUAGCAAGUGCAGCAGUCAGCUGCUUCUGGAUCACAGGCAGAGGGAGAGCCAUAUCAUUAUCCUAAGAUUUUGGAAAAUCGUUUUUAUGAGGACAAAAAUAAAAUAAAAAAACAGGAGACUUUCUAUUUAGUACAGGGAUCCGCUGAAUAGUAUGGGAGCGCUAUGUUGUCCAGAGAAGGGAUUAUUCCUGAGGAUUUUGUGCCGACACGUUUAGCCGAGGAGGUUUCUCAACCGAAGUUUAGAGCCAAACACAGAAAAGCUCGAUUUGUGGCUAAGAAUGGGACCUGCAACGUUGCACAGACGAAUAUCCGAGAGCAGGGACGGUUUCUGCAGGAUGUUUUCACCACUCUAGUGGAUUUUAAAUGGCUCUAUACUCUUAUAAUAUUUACAAUGUCGUACCUUUGCAGUUGGCUGCUGUUUGGUAUGAUUUGGUGGCUUAUAGCCUUUGCACACGGAGACCUGGACCAGAAUAGCGACAGCUUUGUCCCGUGUGUGACGAGCAUUCAUUCUUUCUCUUCGGCCUUUCUUUUCUCUAUCGAGGUGCAGGUGACCAUCGGCUUUGGGGGGAGGAUGAUCACAGAGGAAUGCCCCGCUGCCGUCCUGUGUCUCAUCGUCCAAAACAUCGUGGGUCUUGUCAUCAACGCCAUCAUGUUGGGUUGCAUUUUUAUGAAGACAGCUCAAGCCCAUCGCCGAGCUGAGACCCUUAUUUUUAGCAAGCACGCUGUAAUUGCGAUCAGAGACAGCAAACUUUGUUUCAUGCUGCGAGUGGGGGACCUGAGGAAGAGUAUGAUCAUCAGCGCUACCAUAAAGAUGCAAGUAGUUAGGAAGACGACCACUUCGGAGGGGGAGGUCGUGCCACUUAACCAGAUAGACAUCGAGAUGGAGAACCCAGUGGGCACCAACGGCAUCUUUUUGGUGUCGCCCCUUAUUAUAUCUCACGUUAUUGACAAAAAGAGCCCACUGUAUGAGAUAUCAGCCAGUGAUCUGCACCAUGAAGAUUUGGAAGUGAUUGUCAUUUUGGAAGGAGUUGUGGAGACCACUGGCAUCACUACUCAAGCCAGAACGUCUUACUUAGCUGAGGAGAUACUCUGGGGGCAGAGGUUUGUACCUGUAAUCUCUGAAGAAGAGGGUAGGUACUCGGUGGACUACUCAAAGUUUGGAAACACUGUGAAAGUAGCUACGCCCAGCUGCAGUGCUAAAAAUCUUGACCAAGAUGGAAGUCUCUUAAAAGUAAAACCCCAGGACUCUUUGAUACAAAAGGAUUUCUUGAGAAAAAGAACCAAUGCCACAAUCCGACUCAAACAAAGAAAUGUCAACCAAUAAUAAUACGAAAUAUUAUAUUUUAGUAGGGGUGAUGUUUUGCUACGUUGUAGUCGUUCGCAAAUAUGAGAUUUGAGGUAUCAUCUUAUAAAUCUUCUGGUAUUCAUUUCUGUACACACUAUACAUUUAUUGUGAAACCAUUUUUAAACAUCCGUAAAAAAAUACAGCAGUAUACAGGUAAUGUCUGUACAUUUGUCAGUUACCAGUAUGUUGUGUAAAUGUUCAGUCAUUUAUUGCAAAUGUAGACUGUUAGUUACAGUUACACGUUGCUGCAUUUUGUUUGCAGUUUUGCAUAUAUGUCUGUGUGUGUGUGUGUACAGUAGAAAUGUAAAAUGUAACUUCUGCUUUAACAUAUGUACAGUAUUUCACCAGACGUGUUAUACAGCAUGCUUUACAUUUUAACGUACCUGUUUCUGUACAUGAACAAGGGAUAAAUACAGUAACCCCAGCAGUUUAUCGCACUGUAUUUAAAACAAGUUGGCGAGUUCUUAAUAACGCUGUAGUCUAUAAUAUGCAGUACUGGAAAUAGGUAUCCUGUACAUCCCGCUCGCAUUUUUUAGUUUAUAUUUAAAAUAUUUUACGAUUUUGACUUGUGUAGGAAAAAAAUUUUCAUCGACACUUUUUAACGCAGCCCCAAUGUCUUAAACCUUUCAUAAAUGUCAUAAUUAUUUAUACAAUAAAAGGUGCUAUACCUGCAAAAGUCAAUUUAAAAGGCAUGUUGUUUUGCAUUAAAAAAAAGUACUACUCAGGUAAAAAAGCGAUUCAACAAUUAUAUGACAAAACGAAUAUACAAAUGUGUUAAUUAUUUUUUGAAUGUGUAGAUUCGAUUAUAAUCUGUUGUUUACUGUUUUAUCCAAUGCUAGCAAAGGCAACAGUGGUGAUCUUAGCUAUUGGUUAGUAUAAAACCAGAAGUUCCACCUUUUGUUUUACUAUAUUACAUUGCAAUUUAUGACUUUUGAAGUGUCACUUCAGACUUAAUAAAUAAAUAAAAUAAAAAUUUUAAAAAAUCAAUGAAACAGUUUAUUUUGGAAAAUAAAAAUUCAAUUAGUAAAUCAAAAAUACACUUAUUUAAAAGUCUAUUCUGAAAGAAAAAUAAGCAGUAUUGGAGCCGUUCUAUUUUAUAGCCAAACGUUUGGCGCCCCCUGCUGAAUGUAUUGGUUUUUGAGUUCAGCAGUAUCAGUCCUGUUCUAUUCACUGGGUAUGCUAUUUGAAUACAAUCCUAUAUCAUGCAUGUCUUUGUUUGAUUAAAGGAAGUUAUAACUCA